GCAGAAACCUGAAGAACCUUGGCAAAACCCAAGAAAACAAACCAACUCAGAGACGAGGGAGUGAAAAGUAUACAGUAAAAAUUACUUUAAGGAGAAGAAAAUAAAGUGAUUGGAGGAAAAGGAAGAGAAAAAAAGAGGAGAGACUUCAGCUGUUUGUCAUCUCCUUUCCUGCCAUGGAUUCAUCACAAGAUUUACUCUGAGGGGACGUGAGGAAGGGAGGCAGACGGAGGAGGGAAUAAAAGCAAUAAACCUUGACUGAAUUGAGGAAAUAACAGGUCAGUGGAGGAGAAGAGACGAGAAACUAAAGGUAGGGGAGAAGGAGGAGUGAGGCAACCCUGUUCCUUCAAGCAAAGCAAGAGGGGGGAACGAAAGAAGGAGAAGAGUGAUCAAAGUAGGGGAAGGAUGAAGAAGAAGUGUCCUGACAUGGGGCUCUGUGCUGUUCUCCUCAUCUGGCUUUCCCAGGCAGAGCUGGGGAGAGUCUGGGCUCAGGAGCAUAAAGAUGCGCAGGCCGGGACUAAUCURAGGUCGUUCGGAGGAGCGGACGGUUUUCACAGAGCCAGGAGGGACCAGCAGAACCAGCGACAGCACAGAGAAACCACUCAGGCCAGAGGAAGAGUUGAUGUCACCACUCUUCCAGACAACAUGACCCGUGUAGUGGAGGACUCGCAGAAAUACUACAGCUGGCAGAGUUUCGGUCCGACGGACAGAAAAACCGAAAGCUUGUGGGUGGAACUGAACCACCUUUACAAAAGUCAAGUCAGAAUCCACAGCAUCCUGUCCAACAACCACCGACAGGCAGCGCGAGUGGCCCUUUCUUUUGAUUUCCCUUUUUAUGGACACAACUUAAGACAAGUAAUUGUAGCAACAGGAGGGUUCAUCUACAUGGGUGAUAUCACCCAUCUAAUGUUGACCGCGACACAGUACAUCGCGCCCCUCAUGGCCAACUUCGACCCCAGCUUCUCCCAAAACUCAACCGUCAGGUACAUGGACAACGGCAAACUGUUUGUGGUGCAGUGGGACAAGGUGCAGCUAAAGGACCGAGAGAACGAAGGAGCUUUUACUUUUCAAGCAGCCCUCCACAGUAACGGGAGCAUCGUUUUCAACUACAGAGAUAUCCCACUACCAGUGGAGAAAAUGAACUCCACAGAGCAUCCAGUUAAAGUGGGACUUUCUGAUGCUUUCAUGGCAUUAAUCCCCGCUUCACAGCUCUCAGAUGCAAAGAGGCGAACCAUCUACGAAUAUCACCGUGUUCAGAUCGACGCCACAAAGAUCGUCAGCGGGUCUGCAUUUGAGUUCACACCUCUGCCCACUUGUCUUCAGCACUCAUCCUGCGACCUCUGCCUAACGUCCAACCUGACGAGCGGCUGCGGCUGGUGCAACACCCUCCAGCGAUGCUCCGACGGUAUUGAUCGGCACAGACAAGAGUGGCUGGAUUACAACUGUCCCGAGGAGGCUGAAGGUAAAUGUGAGGACUACAACCCGCCAUUACCUGAGGGAUCUAUGAGCUCCUACAACCAAUCGUCACCAGGUCCAACACCGUCUUUAGCGAUCCUGGAAGAGCAGACGGUCACUAGAGAUUUACAAACGAUCCCUCCGCACCACCGGGGAAUAACGGAGAACACCGCCAUCAUAGCAGGUGUAGUCGCGGCAUUAGUCCUGCUCGUAACGUUGACCUUACUGGCCGUUUACUACAUCAACACACACCCCACGGUUGCUCCACCGUUCUACCUCAUGCAGCGACGCACAAAUAAUUACUGGCCCUCCAUGAAGUUUCGCAACCAAAGCUGUCACUCCAGUUACGCUGAAGUCGAGCUCGGGGUUCACGAGAAGGAAGGAUUUAUCGAGGCUGAGCACUGCUGUUAAAUGGUCCGCACUUGUGAUGAAAAGGUGCCAUCUUGAGGAUUAUAAAGAUCCGGAAUCAAAAAAGGAUCAACGUGAACAUUCAGGCAGAUCAGACACAAGAUGUCCUUACUCCAACCUUUGUGGCUGGACAGUGUUUACUGUACCUGCUCUCCUUGCCAGCUUUCUCUGUCUUUUGCUGUUUGCCAUCACUCGGGGGUCUUGUUGUCCAGGGGCUUUUGAAGAUCUUGUGACAAGAAGGGAACUAGUAAUCGUCCAAAACCAAUGAAAAUCAAUGCAAGGACAGGUCAGGAAAUGAAUCAAACAAGCCUUCAUACUGCAAGCUAAUGUACGUCUCUAGUUAACUAUCGGUUUCUGUCUAUUUUAUGAAAUUAUUUUGUUUGUUUUCUUUCUUGAAACUUUGAGUGUUGUUCAUGAAACGCUUGAUGGACUUAUCUACAAAAGUUACUUAGCUAUACAAUUGAUAGUGAACAUAAUGAUCAACUUGGACUUGGGGGGAGGGAUACUGUAUGAAUGAAUUCUAGAGUGUUCAAGAUUUCUCUGAACUUUUUCGUUUAAAUGUCUUCUAAUAAAAGCUGAUGAUCAGUGUGGAUGAAUCUCAUGUUUGACGGACUGUGUGGGACAUAUGGCCUGAUUUAUCUGUUAAAAUAGCUGUGUUUGUGUUGCUACAGCMGCUGCGGAUAUUUAAAGUCUAAACACAAGAAAAAAAAUAAACAGAAUUUAUAUGG